GGGCGGAGGAUGGAGACCGGGAGGGACCUGGAUCGCUGGCUGAGGCUGAGUCCUGAUAGUCGCCGGGAUGAGCUCCAGGGAGGACGGCGGGCCGAGGUCCCCGGGGAGGGACCCGCAGCCCCAGGUUACCACCGAAGAACAUGAUUUUGGUCUAGGGGCUCCAGUUUCUGAAGCUGAAAAAUACCAGAAUAUUCUCCAGCUAGAACAAGAAGUAAAAAAUCAAGACAGAUUCAUCUCUACACUGAAAUUACAGAUUGAAGAUCUCAAACAGACAAAUCAUGGCUUGGAAGAAUAUGUUAGGAAACUCUUGGAUAGUAAGGAGGUGGUAAGCAGUCAAGUAGAUGAUUUAACCAGCCACAAUGAGCAUCUUUGUCAAGAAUUGAUUAAAAUUGACCAACUAGCAGAGCAACUAGAAAAAGAGAAAAAUUUUGUGGUGGAUACCGCUGACAAGGAACUUGAAGAAGCAAAGAUUGAACUCAUUUGCCAGCAAAAUAAUAUAAUAGUAUUGGAAGAUACAAUAAGAAGGCUUAGAUCUAUAAUUUUAGAGACUGAAAAAGCACAAAAUAAAUCUCCUUCCAGACUUGAUUCCUUUGUCAAAACUUUAGAAGCAGACAGAGAUUACUACAAGAAAGAAGCUCAAAGUUUGAGAAAGAUGAUCAGAAGUAGAUCUAAAAGCCCAAGACGCCCAUCUCCAUCUUCCCGGGGUGCAAACUGUGAUGUAGAGCUUUUGAAGACAACAAGAGACCGUGAAGAACUCAAAUGCAUGCUGGAAAAAUAUGAGCGUCAUUUGGCAGAAAUUCAGGGUAAUGUCAAGGUUCUCACAUCUGAGAGAGAUAAGACCUUUCUUCUGUAUGAACAGGCGCAGGAAGAAAUUGCCCGACUUCGACGAGAAAUGAUGAAAAGCUGUAAGUCUCCUAAAUCAACCACAGCACAUGCCAUCCUCCGGCGGGUAGAGACUGAGAGAGAUGUGGCCUUCACGGAUUUACGAAGAAUGACCACAGAACGGGAUAGUCUGAGGGAAAGGCUAAAGAUUGCCCAAGAGACAGCGUUUAAUGAGAAGGCUCACUUGGAACAAAGGAUAGAGGAGCUGGAAUGUACAGUUCAUAACCUCGAUGAUGAACGUAUGGAACAAAUGUCAAAUAUGACUUUGAUGAAGGAAACCAUAACCACUGUGGAAAAAGAAAUGAAAUCACUAGCAAGAAAGGCAAUGGAUACUGAAAGUGAACUUGGCAGACAAAAAGCAGAGAAUAAUUCUUUGAGACUUUUAUAUGAAAACACAGAAAAAGAUCUUUCUGAUACUCAGCGACACCUUGCUAAGAAAAAAUAUGAGCUACAGCUUACUCAGGAGAAAAUUAUGUGCUUGGAUGAAAAAAUUGAUAAUUUUACAAGACAAAGUAUUGCCCAACGAGAAGAAAUCAGCAUUCUUGGUGCAACCCUCAAUGAUAUGGCUAAAGAAAAGGAAUGCCUGCAAGCAUGUUUGGAUAAAAAAUCUGAGAAUAUUGCAUCCCUUGGAGAGAGUUUGGCAAUGAAAGAAAAGACCAUUUCAGGCAUGAAGAAUAUCAUUGCUGAGAUGGAACAGGCAUCAAGACAGUCUACUGAAGCCCUAAUUAUGUGUGAACAAGACAUUUCCAGAAUGCGUCGGCAACUGGAUGAGACGAAUGAUGAGCUGGCUCAAAUUGCCCGGGAAAGGGAUAUCUUAGCUCAUGAGAAUGACAAUCUCCAAGAACAGUUUUCUAAAGCUAAACAAGAAAACCAGGCACUGUCUAAAAAAUUGAAUGAUACUCAUAGUGAACUUAGUGACAUUAAACAGAAGGUUCAAGACACUAAUUUGGAGGUUAAUAAACUGAAGAAUAUAUUGAAGUCUGAAGAAUCUGAGAACCGGCAAAUGAUGGACCAACUCCGAAAAGCCAAUGAAGAUGCUGAAAACUGGGAAAAUAAGGCCCGUCAAGCAGAGGCAGAUAACAAUACCCUCAAAUUAGAACUUAUCACUGCUGAGGCAGAGGGUAACAGAUUAAAAGAAAAAGUAGAUGCCCUCAAUAGAGAGGUCGAGCAGCACUUAAAUGCAGAACGGUCUUACAAGUCCCAGAUUGCUACUUUACAUAAGUCUGUUGUAAAGAUGGAAGAGGAGCUUCAGAAGGUUCAGUUUGAAAAAGUGUCUGCCCUUGCAGAUUUGUCUUCCACAAGGGAACUUUGCAUUAAACUUGACUCAAGCAAAGAACUUCUUAAUCGACAGCUGGUUGCUAAAGAUCAAGAAAUAGAAAUGAUGGAGAAUGAGUUAGAUUCUGCUCGUUCUGAGAUAGAACUCCUCAGGAGUCAGAUGACAAAUGAGAGAAUCUCCAUGCAGAAUCUAGAAGCUUUGCUGGUGGCCAAUCGAGACAAAGAAUAUCAGUCUCAGAUAGCACUUCAAGAAAAAGAAUCUGAAAUUCAGCUUCUUAAAGAACACCUUUGUUUGGCAGAAAACAAAAUGGCCAUCCAGAGUAGAGACGUGGCCCAGUUCAGGAAUGUUGUAACGCAAUUGGAAGCUGAUUUAGACAUUACCAAGAGACAGCUAGGGACGGAGCGCUUUGAAAGGGAGAGGGCUGUGCAAGAACUUCGCCGCCAGAAUUACUCAAGUAAUGCUUAUCAUUUGAGUUCCACAAUAAAGCCAAAUACAAAAUGUCACUCACCAGAACGUGCUCACCAUCGAUCUCCUGACCGAGGCCUAGAUCGAUCAUUAGAAGAGAAUCUUUGCUAUAGAGAUUUCUGACACGUGAAAAGACUCUUCACAUCCUUGGGAGAGGUCAAAGUUUCAAACUGAUUUUUUUUUUUGCUAUAUGAUUGCAUUUAUCUUUUGAAUGCUUGACAAUGUUAAAUGAAUUUAUUAACGUCGUGCCUCUGAAUCUCUGUUUUCAUGUGCCAUAUCGCAGUGAUCUAAGAUGACUUAUAAAAACAAAAAUGCAUAUGGCUCUUUCUAUCCAUACAGUAAUAGUGAGUGUAACAUCUGCUCACUUCACUGCUGAACACUGUUAUGUUAACUGUCCGCAGUAAAUAAAGAAGCUUAUAAAAAGAGGGAAAAGUGUUUUUACAAAACUGAUUUUUUUCUUUGUGAUUUAUGCUUUCACGGCUGGACAAGUUGUGCCAAGAUAGGCACAGUUUACCAAUACCGGCCUGGGACCCAAUAUUCCAUUUUGGAACCAACCUGACAUUAAUUCCAGGCCAUAAUCUGACUUCAAAGCAGUAGAUAGUAGGAGUGUGUCAGGGUUUUUAAAUCUGUAGUGUUGUACCACUAAUUAACAUACAUUUUCUAUGAUUGUUUACCCCUACUAUUUUUAGAAAGGUAGGUGAUGCUAUAUCUGUCAAGAAUGUAAGAUUUUUUUAAUCUGUAUUUUUAAUACGUUUUUCUUUAAAAUAUUAAAAUACUGCAAUCAACUUAAUUGCCAUUUUAUUUAUUUAUUUUUUGCCUGUGGCAGCUGUCUAUAAUGUAGAGUAACAAAUUCAGUCAUGUUUCCUUAUUUCCCCUAAA